AUAUAUCAGGCAUUACUUUGGCUAAAUCAUCGCGAACCAUGCGAUAUAUUUCCAAAACGAAGCUUCGACUCCUUCUACGGUAUUAUCAUAUUAUAUUUCCUAUUUUACAUGCUUAUUUUGCAACCGGUGAUGAGCUUCGAGAGGGCUGUUGCUACCAUCUACGUCAACUCCUACGAAUCGUGGAAUAAGACGUCCGGGAUAAUCUACGUGUUUGUUUCGGGCGUUAUCCCUAGCGGCAUGGUUCUGUACGUCUGCGCAGGUGCAUCGUUCAAUGAACCAAAUCUCAGCUGCUCUACCGUCAAGACCGCAGUUAGGGGCAGAGUGGCAGCCAUUUCUCUACUAGCCAUCAUUGUCAGCCUGAUCAGUGUAGUCGUCCAGCAAAUCCUUGCUAUUAUUAACAAAAAGAGAUGCUUACGGUUGGUGACCAUCGGUAUGCUCGAGUCAUAA